UUCCAAUCAAGCGCAUGCCCAGUAUAUCCUUCUAUAUUGAAUCAAACAGACCGUUUUAGUGUCCAUUUAACAUCUGUACAGGGCGGCAAAGUUUAAGGCGAGUGAGCUAGAAGAAAAGAUCAUGUCAGUAACAGCCCCUGCUCCCCCACCACCGGCUGUUGGAUAUUAUCCACAAGGUCAGCCUGCUGGUCAACAGUCACAACAAUCCAGUACAACUGUAGUUAUUCAAGGAAAUAAUGAUGCUCCAAUGGGAAUGGCACUCCAAGACUGUCCAAUUACAACAAAAUGUCCCAGUUGUAAAAGCAACGUUGUGACCCAAAUUAAAUUUGAGAUUGGCUGUAUUACAGUUUUGGUAACAUUCCUUCUCUGUCUCUUUGGGUUCUACUUGUGCUGCUUCAUCCCAUGCUGUGUAGGUAGAUGUAAAGAUGUCGUCCAUUUAUGUCCUAACUGCAAAUACAUUAUUGGAAAAUACAAAAGGAUGUAAAAAGAAAACUACAACAUGAAAAAUUCAAGAGGAGGAUAAAUUGUGCAGGAAACAAAAUAUUGGGAGAAAAUUAUGAAAUUCUGAAGUGAUGUGAAAGACACUUUUAAGCCAGAUUAUUUAGUGCUGAAUUAAUUUCCUAAUAAGUUUAUUAUCUUCCCUGUGAAACUGUCGCAUAUGUAAAUUAGACUUUGUUUCAAUGAGGACACAUUUAUUUUCCAUAGUGCUGUGUUAAUUAACGUUUCAGAUUUGGUUUAUUUAUAUUUCUAUCAUGUUUGUCAAAGUAUUCUAUAUAAUAUAUCUACAUUUUUACAGAAUAAUUAAACUGAAACCACUUGA